AUGAGUUCACUUGGGGGCCCGGGAAACCGGCCAACUACCAAGCCGACGCCCCCACAACGUGGCAGUUUUCCAUUAGACCAUGAUGGGGAGUGCAAACAUCUCAUGGCAACAUAUCUUGCGUGCAUCACCAAGGUGCAAGGUGAAAAUAAGCCUGAGUGCCGUGGCUUAGCAAAGGAAUACCUCUCUUGUCGCAUGGAUCGAAACCUAAUGGCUAGAGAUGACUUCAAAAUCUUGGUUUCCGAAAUGAUGAGGCCCAAGUGA